AUGGGGCCCUCCUUGUGUUUCGAUAGCACAACCGCGACGUCCGAGAAUGGCGAAAUUAUGCCCUCCAUGUUGGGUCCGGAGUACUACGGCUUCGACCAUAUCACUUGGUACGUGGGGAAUGCGAAACAGGCGGCGUCAUAUCUCAUCACGCGCAUGGGCUUUAACCCAGUGGCAUAUCGCGGCCCAGAGACAGGAUCUCGCGCCUUGGUCUCGUAUGUCAUUGCAAACAGCGGUGCUACUUUCGUUAUGACCUCUCCGGUUUGUGGGAAAUUGGCCACGGAUGAAAUAAGUAAAUUUCAGAUAUCCGUCAGGGAGCAAGCCCUGCUGGAUGAAAUCCACACUCAUUUGGAAAAUCACGGGGAUGGGGUAAAGGAUGUUGCUUUUCGGGUAAAUGCAGACGUUAAAGCUAAGUGGGAGAGAGCUGUGGCUAAUGGCGCCAUUUCUGUGGUGAACCCUACCAUAAUCAGCGGCGACGAGCCUGGGAGCGGGCAAAUAGAGAUGGCCACAAUCAAAUCGUUUGGAGACACGACGCAUACCCUCAUCAACAGGGACCAUUAUAAGGGAUGCUUCUUGCCUGGAUACGUACGAGUGGAACAAGGGGACUCGAUCAACGAGCUUCUGCCUCCGAUUGACUUCAUCGAAAUCGACCACUGUGUUGGGAACCAGCCGUGGAACGGCCUGGACAUGGCAGUGAAAUUCUACGAAGACUGUCUUAAUUUCCACCGUUACUGGAGUGUCGAUGACAAGUCCCUGUGCUCCGGCUAUUCCUCCAUGCGCUCCAUUGUUGUCGCGUCCCCCAAUGAGGUCAUAAAAAUGCCCCUAAACGAGCCAGCAGUGGGCAAGAAGAAGUCCCAAAUUGAAGAAUUCGUCGACUACUACAACGGCUCAGGAGUGCAACAUAUCGCCUUCCGCACGAACGACAUCAUCACCGCCAUAACCAAUCUCCGCAAAAGGGGCGUCGAGUUCCUUUCUGUGCCCGCGGCGUACUAUGACGUUAUACGCGCCCGUCUCGCUGCCAUGAAUGCCGGUAACACAGGGGUCCAUGGCGAUAAAAAAGGAAACCUAGUCAUCAACGAAAGCAUAGACACAUUGCAGGCGCUGAACAUCUUGAUAGAUUUCGACGAGCAAGGGUACCUGCUGCAGAUAUUCACGAAACAUGUGCUGGACCGGCCGACGGUGUUUUUCGAGGUGAUUCAGCGGAAUAACUUCGAUGGGUUUGGCGCGGGGAAUUUCAAAAGUUUGUUUGAGGCGUUUGAGAGGGAGCAGGCGGCGCGGGGAAAUCUUUGA